GCCGCGCCGCGCCGGGCCCGCGGACGACGGCCAUGCCGCCGCGGCGCAGCAUCGUGGAGGUGAAGGUGCUGGACGUGCAGAAGCGGCGGGUGCCCAACAAGCAUUAUGUCUAUAUCAUCCGGGUUACGUGGUCCAGCGGCUCCACGGAGGCCAUUUACCGGCGCUACAGCAAGUUCUUUGACCUCCAGAUGCAGAUGUUGGACAAAUUUCCCAUGGAAGGAGGGCAGAAGGACCCCAAACAGCGGAUCAUUCCCUUUCUGCCAGGCAAAAUUCUCUUCCGACGAAGCCACAUCCGGGAUGUGGCAGUCAAACGCCUGAUACCGAUUGAUGAGUACUGUAAGGCCCUGAUCCAGCUGCCCCCCUAUAUCUCUCAGUGUGAUGAGGUGCUGCAGUUCUUUGAGACAAGACCUGAGGACCUGAAUCCCCCCAAAGAGGAGCAUGUUGGGAAAAAGAAAUCUGGGGGUGACCUGACCUCAGUGGACCCCAUGGUCCUGGAGCAGUACGUGGUGGUAGCAGACUACCAGAAGCAGGAGAGCUCGGAGAUCAGCCUCAGUGUGGGGCAGGUGGUGGACAUCAUCGAGAAGAAUGAGUCAGGUUGGUGGUUCGUCAGCACAGCCGAAGAGCAAGGCUGGGUCCCCGCAACCUGCCUGGAAGGGCAGGAUGGUAUGCAGGAUGAGUUUUCCCUACAGCCUGAAGAAGUCUCAUGGAGGUAUUGGUCUUUGCCCCGGCCCGUGGGCCGCCGCCGGACUCUGGGGGACUUGUAUGCCAUCAGCUGGCGUCAAGAGGAGAAGUACACAGUCAUCUACCCGUACACAGCUCGUGAUCAGGAUGAAAUGAAUCUAGAGAGAGGGGCCGUGGUGGAGGUCAUCCAGAAGAACCUGGAAGGCUGGUGGAAGAUCAGGUACCAGGGCAAAGAGGGCUGGGCCCCAGCCUCCUACCUGAAGAAGAGUAGUGGGGAGCCCUUACCCCCGAAGCCGGGCACCGGCUCGCCUGCCCACACUGGCAUCCUCGACCUGGACGGACUUUCCCGGCAGCAGAGCUCAGUGGGUCGGGACAGGGAGCUGCUCAACAACCAGAGGGAUGGCCGGUUUGAAGGCCGUCCGGUGCCCGAUGGCGACAUCAAGCAGAGAUCGCCCAAGAUGAGGCAGAGACCACCUCCUCGCCGGGAUAUGACCAUACCUCGAGGUCUCCACCUGCCCAAGCCUCCCGUUCCACCCCAAGUGGAGGAAGAGUAUUACACCAUUGCCGAAUUCCAGACAACCAUCCCUGAUGGCAUCAGCUUCCAGGCGGGUCUGAAGGUCGAGGUGAUAGAAAAGAACUUGAGUGGCUGGUGGUACAUUCAGAUCGAAGAUAAGGAAGGAUGGGCCCCAGCAACCUUCAUUGACAAGUAUAAGAAGACCAGCAAUGCCUCAAGGCCCAACUUCCUGGCUCCCUUGCCCAACGAGGUGACCCAGCUCCAUCUGGGGGAUGCAGCAGCCAUGGAGAACAACACAGGCAGCGAAGCCAUCGGCCCCUCCCGGCCCCUGCCAGAUGCACCACAUGGCGCCAUGGACUCCGGGAUGCCAUGGUCCAAGGACUGGAAGGGAGGCAAGGAGGUCCCGAGGAAGGCGUCUUCUGACAUGUCCUCAUGUGCUGGCUACGAAGAGAUCUCAAGCCCUGACCUGGAGGAGAAACCCAGCCUCCCCCCCCGGAAAGAAUCUAUCAUCAAGUCGGAAGGGGAGCUGCAGGAGAGGGAGCGGCAGAGGAUGGAGCAGCUCAGAGGCUCCUCACCCAAACCUCCAGGCAUGAUUUUGCCAAUGAUUCCAGCCAAACACACACCUCCAGCCCGGGAUGGCAGGAGGUCAGAGCCCAAACCUGACAAAGGCAAGUUGCUCCAGCUGAAAAAUGAGAUGGGGCUGGAGUGUGGCCACAAGGUAUUGGCCAAAGAAGUGAAGAAGCCCAACCUCCGACCCAUCUCCAAAUCCAAAGCUGAUCUGCCAGAGGAGAAGCCAGAAGGGAUUCCUCAGAAUCCCUUCUUGAAAUCCAAACCUCAGGUUAGGCCCAAACCAGCUCCUUCCCCCAGGACAGAACCACCUCAGGGCGAAGACCAAGUGGACAUCUGCAACCUCAGGAGUAAGCUGAGACCUGCCAAGUCCCAAGAGAAGCCCUUACUGGAUGGAGAGGGCAGCCAAGAUGUGGCCUGCAGCCGGAGCUUCCUCCCGGGUGAAGGGCCUGGCCGCACCCAGGACAGGACGGGCAAACAGGACGGGCUCAGCCCAAAGGAGGUGCCCUGCAGAGCCCCUCCAAAGCCGGUCAAGACCGCAGAUCCUGUGCCUAAGAAUGUGCCCACCCCUCUCCAAGAGGCUUCCCCGCAGCGACCCGUGGUCCUGCCCCGGAGACCACCACCCCCCAAAAAAACCUCAUCUUCCAGGCCCCUCCCGGAGGUCAGAGGGCCACAGCGGGAAGCAAGUGAAGGCAAAGCAGCUCCUGCUCCAGGCCGGGCCCUACUGGUCCCUCCUAAAGCCAAACCUUUUCUUUCCAACUCCUCAGGCGGCCACGAUGACAUGCGAGGCAAAGGUGGUCUGGGACCGUGGCUGGUGGGCAAAAUAGGAGAAAACAGGGAGAAAGUAGCUGCCGCCCCCUUCCCCAGUGCUGACGGCUCGAAGGACUCUUUAUACGUGGCAGUGGCCAACUUUGAAGGAGACAAAGACACCAGCAGCUUCCAGGAGGGGACGGUGUUCGAGGUCCGGGAAAAGAGCAGCAGUGGCUGGUGGUUCUGCCAAGUGCUGAGUGGGGCACCUUCCUGGGAAGGGUGGAUCCCUUCCAACUAUCUCAAAAAGAAGCCGUAGCCUCCUUCCCUGCCUGGAGGUCCCGCGCAUCCCUGCUGGCUUACCCACGUAUUUAAUAUGCCUCUUAAUUUAUCAUCCUUCAUGCAGCUUCAAAGGAAGGAAGAGUCUGGAAUACUGUGGUUUCUUCCCUCCCUGGGGUAGAGAGUACCCCCUCCCAUCACAGCAUCCCCUGGCAGCCCAGAGGCCAACCUCCUGCUUCCUCUCCAAGUCAGCAUCCCUGCCUUAAGGCCAGUGGCACUGCCACCCUCUGUAGGCCGCCCUGCAGCGGGACCAUGACUCUCCAAGACCAGAACCCAUUGUCUGGAAACUGCAGAAAUAGUCUCACUGCCGGCACCCCACCCAGCCUGAUGGCUGGCUCCAGCCUCUCCACGUUUCUCAAAGUCCAGUGACUUGAUUUCCUGAGUUUCCAAAAUGCUUGUUGGUACCAGAAAGAACUCCAUCCCCUGGAAGUUGGCUCUACCGCCAGUCGUAGGGAGAUGUCCUCCUCGAGGCUCUGGGCCCAUGAGCAUCUCAACUGCCCCAAGAGUGGGCCAGAAGGUCCACUGAGCCAUUCUGCCUCCCAUCGUCUGUCUUGGGACCCUGACAGAUCCUAAAGGGGUGCUUCAUUUACCUGCGCAGGGCUUUUUAAAUAGGAACCUCCACCCCACCUUGGGCCAUUCCACUUUCGUCUCCACAGAGCGAGAACCUCAAAGUUUGUUUGAAAGGAGCCACUCAAAAAAGAAAAAAAAAGAAAGAAAGAAAGAAAGAAAGGAGCCACUCACAAUCCAUGUACCUCGUGAGCAUCCCAUUGCUGAGUAGCUAGUAGGUGCCAGGCUCUGUCCUUGGCCCUUUACAUUCCUGUUUUAUCCCUCAAAUCAAUCCUUUCCUGUGUAAUUAUGCCUAUUUUAUGGACAAAGAACCUCGAACUCAACGUGCCAAGGGCACACUAGCUAGGAAGAAGAGGAAAGAGGACUUGAAUUGAACUGGCCUGACUUCGAUGCCUGUGCCCGUAGGAGGCUCAUCAGGCAGGGGCACAGGAAGAAGCUAACUGCCAGAAGCAGGUGGCCAAGUGGCUUGCUUGUGGUGUGGGUGAGGGGGCGUUAGUGGCUGCUCCCACACCCACCACCCCUCCGACCUGGUGCAGCUGAUACUGGAGGCUGCCCUGCACCCUCCACAGCUCCUCCUCCAUGGCAGGGGAAUGCCCAGGGCUCUGGCGGUUGCCACAGGGCCCCAUUUCCUGCUGCUGUGCUGGGGCCCCUUCUGGGAGAUAAAGCUUGUGGAGCUGAGGUGGUCUCGCAUGACAGCCUGUUGGCCGGGGUGGGGGCGGGUCGUGGAUGGCCAAGGACCAGCAGCUGGAUUGCCACAGGCAGAGACCUCGCAGCCCUCUCUGCUGCUACUUCCUGCUCCUCUCUGGGAUUCGCAGAGUACUUCUCUCUGUUCUGUACAAGCACUCUCCCUGUCAUCUCCCUUCCAUUUGGACAGAUGUGUUCACUAAGGCAGGUAGAGGCAAAGCAACAUUGCAGAAUUAGAAUCAGAACCCCGAGUUUCUGGCUCCCGGCCCAGAGUUCUUGCCCGUGGACCAGGCUGCCCUGGUGGGUAAAAGGGCAGACCCCACCCACCCUGCGGAAGAGGAUCCAGCUCAGAGAUCUCCAACUCAAUGUUUACCUGCUGUGAUGCUUUGGGGACCGCAGGGCCAGCUUUCCUGGGGACACCCACUGUCCACCUGCAGUGCCAAAGAUUUCUGUGUAAAUGGCCCUCCUCUGCUCUCCCUUCCCCCCAAGGCCACAUGGGCUCUGGAUGCUUCUACAGGAGAAGGAGUGUUCUCUGAUUCACAGUAGCAUCUUUAUUCCUUCCCUCAGGCAGUGUGUAAGCCCCAUCCCCAAGGAUUUUGGGGGCAGGGCCCCGAGGUGCUCCUGGCAGUGUGCACUUGCCCCAUGGCCCUGUGCCCAGAACCGUAGUGGAGGAUAGCAGUCCGGGAAGAAGGGAGGCUGGGAGAGUGCCACCCACAUUUUUGAGGUACCCUCACUUGGAACGAAGCCCAUAGCACGUUUUCCAGAGUUUUUGACCCACUUUGGCUGAAACAGCUUUUAUGAAGCUGUUAUGCAGGAUUUGACUACAUUUCAAAAGACAGAACUCAGCCUUUUUUUCUCUGAUUUUCUCUCUGCUUUCUUUGACCUUUUCAAGUGUUUUGUGAGCGCCUACCACGUGCUUGGCGCUGGGUAAGACCAGGAUACACGUGGCUCCAUGCCUGGCUCUGAGAGCUAUGGGAUUUUUUGCUGCUUCCACCCAAAGGGUUUAUCUUUGGCCUCAUUCCCUCGUGCUGAAGGUCAGAUGGGUGGGAGUGGACUACUUCCACCUUUCUGUGGGCAAAAGUGUUCCUGAAAAUGAAUGAAUUUGCAUUUUUAUUAUUUUUAUUAUUUUUAUUAUUAUUCUGACGUGAACUGAAGGUACUGAAACCACGUUUCUUUCUGUUCACCGUUCUUUGCUCAGGACACUUCUAUGGCCUGAGGACACCCCUCUCCGGCUCCAUGUGCCACAGUGGUGGGCACUUAUACAGGCAACUGGAAGUAGGGGGACCUGGUGGCCGGGGGCUCCCCCUAGCUGUCCAGGCCUGAGGACUUAGCUUUACAGCAUCCAGCCCUGUGGCCACCAUUCUGUGAGCAAUUGAUACAGCAUAUGCAAAACUCCCCUGAGGUUACGCUCGCAGCAAAUGCCCAAGACCACAGUUAGAACUCUGUGCCAAGCUCCAGGCAGGUCACUGGUGCUUAAACUCCCUCUUAACUUAACUCUCAAGACAACCCUAUAAGGUGCAUAGGACCAGCCCCGAGCUGUGAAGAGGUGGUUGAAGUACAUGGGGUGAAAUCGAAUGCCCGGUUUCAUCCAGAUCAUGACCAAGCUGAGACUUGAAUCCAGGGGUGCCUUCUCCCCAGUGCCCAUGGCUUUUCCUCUUCCGAUGUUAGCAAAAUGUGCAUGGCCCUUCCAGGGCAACAGGUGACCCUCCCACAUAAUUUAGGUUUCUACUCUCUUCAUCCCAUGAUCACACGUGGAAGUUGGUCACAGGCCAAAUGCUAGCCCAAAAGGCAGACAUGGAAAAAAAAAAAAGAAGGCGGGCAUGUAAAAACCACAGCUCAUAGUGCCACCAAAUCUUUGGAAAAUCUGAGUUUUAGGAUCACUGCUUGGCAAAACAGGCCUUCACAAAAUGUUCACUCAAAAUCUCUGCUGUUUGGUGACUUUAUGCCAUUGUCCCAGGCUGAGAGGGGGGAGCUGGGGCCUGGCUUGAACCACUUUUAAUGCCCUACCUCACUGAGGAAUUGCUAGAGCCCAUAGUGAGUUUCUAAUAGUCAUUUUAAGCCUCCACCGCAACACCUCCCCAUGUAGCCAGUUUCUUAGGCAAAGCUUUUGGCCUUAAGAUGUUUCUGAGCCCACUGGGGAUCACAUUACCAGGUGGAGUGUAGGAAAACAAACUUGCCGCAUGAAAGGGCAGGUGCCAAAUUGCCCCAGGUUUCAGAAGGUCCUUAGGCCAAGGCAUGGACAGUCCAGUAUUUAUACAGCCUGUAUCGAGUACAAAGCAAUGAGUGGGAUAAAGAAGUUGCUCCUGCCCUCAAAGAGCUGGUGACUCAACAUCAUCAAGAACAGGAACAUUCGUGGCUUGGCUCCCAUUCUUUCAUCAUGCCCAAGUCUAAGUGUUGGGUCAGGCUGCUCCCUGGGAGGUUUUGCCCUUCUCUUUGUACUGUGGCCAUGGGUGCAUAAGAGCCUGCGCCAUGCCUGGCAGUCCUGUCCAUCCCUCCCCCCCCCCCCGACUUGGUUAUCCAGGCCAGAGCUUUUGCAAACCAGCCAUACCCUAUGAUAUAUGUGCUGCCGAAGCGAGCACACCAUACCCUAUGAUAGACCAAAGAUUACCUAAUGUCAAACUUUGUGGCCCGGAGGAGUGGGAAGUUGGUUUGCAUUGAGGCCUGAGGGUGUAGGAUGCCCUCCAUUAGCCUGGAAGAAUUACUCCUAACUUGGCUAAGGUUUGGACAUUUGGAUGGACCACAGCCUGUGACAGUCCCAGAUCUGCGGAGCUAAAACCCAGAGGCCCCAUGGUCUUCCACCUGCUUGUGGACCACGUGCCAGGGACCCUUCCCACAGACUUGAACAUCCAGCUCCGUGGGGUAAUGAUUGGUUUCUGGUGCUACCCUGCCAAGUUACCCAGGCCCUCACCAUGCUUCAGCAUUCCCUCCUUCCCAUCUCUACUCCAAAGGAGGCCUCCCAGCGCCAAUCAGGACAAGUGACUCAACUCUUGUCCUUGAAGAGGCCAGAGCCAGUGCCACAGCCAGCAGCCUUCACUUUCAGGUCUUCUAUAAAUGUACAAAAGGCGGUCCGCUCCCCCCCCCCCCAAAAUCAGGCUUGUUAUAGCAAUAAGCAAUUCUGAUGCAAGUAAGGUGUCCAUAUUUUAUCCCAGUGUGUGCCUGUCUCUGCCUUUGUGUCCACGUAACUGUUACUAGUGCCCCUUUCACUCGUAUACAGGGGAGAUGAUAAACUAUGGUCACCUUAGCUGUCCCCACAUUUCCUGCUUCAGAGCACCACCAAGUCACCAGAAAAUUUUGUGCAUCCCUCCAGGAACGGUGGGGCUCUGAUAGCAUUGCCUCACCUCCUCAUGUCUACUCAUAGAGUGACCCUGGAGAUCCCUGAAAAUCCUAGCACUCCUCAUACCCUCUUGGCAAACUGACAAAUUCUGGUGGUGUUUUGUUUGUUUCCUGUUAACACACACACAAAUACAUGAGGAUAUAUAAUGUGAGGGGGGAGGGGUGGUGAACAAUUAGCUGUAGCAUGUAUAGACUAUAUACCAUUAGACUUUCUCUUUUUUUUUUUUUUUUUAAUAAAAAUGCUUGACUGGUUUCAAGCUUCAUUGUGAAGAUGCAGUGUCUAUGGACUUUAUUUAGCUAAAGUGGUGAGGCAUAGCUUUCUGCCCUGGCAUUUUGGGCUCGAGUUUGGGAAUCAAAAGAACCGAAGCCUGGGUGAGCUGUUGGAACAAUAGGGGUGACUCCUCUGGAUCCUAGUGCAUCCUGAUUCUUUUAAUUACAGUGUCCAGAAACUAAGGGAAAGUGUCCUUGUAUUCACUGGGCAUUUCCCACAUAUUCUUAGCUCUGUGCCUAAAGAUGGAAAACGUUUAAGAUGUCUUGAACCUCACUGGUGUUGCCUACUGAUGGGCAAGAGCAUGUGGUGGAUGAUGGGGGUGCAGCCGUGGUGGGGCCGCAGGGACUGCUCAAGCCAUUUGCUUCUGGGAUCUGGAGGGCAUUGCCUGAUGUGCUAUUGCUAAGGUCAGAGGCAAGGCCAAACCAACCCCCAACGUGGAGCCUCCUUGGCCUCAGGUGAAUAAUUAAACACAAUGACACCAUCACCCACCUUCCUGGGGAGGAAAGAAUAGAACCAGCAGAGUCCCUGGACAGAAUGUCUAAAGGGGGAACUUACAUUCAAUAGUCAUCCUUCCUUGAAGGAAUGAUUUCAAAGAAUGCAAUGACCUUCUUGAUGGACCACCUUGCUUAAGAAUAAUGGUCAUUCAAGUAUCAGUCUCUGUUCCCAUAAGAAGGAAAAAGCGUGAUGUGCUUCAGGCGCCCCACCCCUUGGGAGCAUUCUCUCCCAAAUCUUCAAACUAACUGUGGUCCUUCAUAAGAAUAUAACUGAUAAUGGCAUGGGAUUCCUGGAGCAGGUCUGCAGGGGCACCUGACCCUCCUCCCCUCACAGGAUGGGAUGGGAUGGGGACUGGAUCAUGGUGAGGAGCCAAACCUGACUUACUCUCUCAGGGUGCUUACCCAUUGUCUUUAGGUCUCCGUUGAAACUGGCACAUUGGCCAUUCCCUUUUAUACUGUUUCAGAAAUGCCAGGCCAAACACAAUCCAGCUGUCACACAUGUUCCCUCCCACUUUCCUUACCAUGACCCUAUAAGAGGUCACUGUAAAUCUAUGUCUAAGACUCAGGUCAUGGAGCCACUCUUCUCCGAAUCCAGAGUGUUUCAUGUCCAUCACUUUUCUAGUUAGUAUCCAUCCAGUCUAGCUGUGGUUCCUCGCCAUCUUGCAACCUUUGCCCCCAAUCAAUAGUUCUCAAAUUUUAGAAACCAUACAUACAGCUUACCAGGGAGUUUGUCAAAGUCCUCAUUUCUGGGCCAUAACCCAUGAAAGUGGAAGUCGGCAAAUAUCUGCAUCCUUUAAGAGUACUUUAUGAGGAAGUGGUCUGUAUACUCCACUUUUGAGAAAUGGCCAGACUCAGCACAUCACCUGUAAUGGUCCUCAUUUCUGGGCCAUAACCCAUGAAAGUGGAAGUCGGCAAAUAUCUGCAUCCUUUAAGAGUACUUUAUGAGGAAGUGGUCUGUAUACUCCACUUUUGAGAAAUGGCCAGACUCAGCACAUCACCUGUAAUGGUCUUCAGUAUUCAAAAUGACACCUCAUAUACUAUUAUUAUCAAUGUCACCAUUAUUCUUCUGAGCAUUUACUGUGUUCCAGGCUACGUACACUUUUAUUUCAUCCUCAAAAUGCUCUGUAAGGUAGAUACCUGCAUUUUAUAUUUGAAGACACUAUGUACAUUUCAGAAAGGUGAAAGCACCAGACCAAAGUGUCACAUAGCUAGUACACAAUAUCUGGUCCUAAAGCUGACUCUUAUCCUAUUCUAUGUCCCCUCCCAAAUGCUAAUCAAAGUACAUAUCUAGUCCUGAUAUAGUUAGUUCCAGGAUUCAAAAUCUUAUUCAAAAAAUACUUCCUCUUUAAAAAAAAAAAACUUCCUCUUGGGGCACCUGGGUGGCUCAGUGGUUAAGCGUCUGCCUUCAGCUCAGGUCCUGAUCCCGAGAUCCUGAGAUCAAGUGCUGCAUCGAGCUUCCCGCAGGGAGCCUGCUUCUCUCUCUGCCUGUGUCUCUGCCUCUCUCUGUGUGUCUCUCAUGAAUAAAUAAAUAAAACCUUAAAGAAAAAGACUUCCUUUUCCAAAAACCUAAUUCUAUAACUGAGGAAAAAGGUCUAACUUCUGUUGAGUACAAGCUAUUGGCUGGGUACCUUAUAGAUACUCGUCUUCAACCUUCAGUACAGUUCUUCUAGAAUUAAUAUGUCUGUUUUAUGGAUGGAAAUUAAUAGUCUGAGAGAUUAAGUUGAUCUAUGGUCACAGGUAGUAAGAGAAUGAACUCGGUAUCUAACUCCAAAGCCUCUGAUCUUAAUAGACCAUCACAGCUUCCAAACGUAUAAUCUCUCCAUUCAGCAUUUUUCAAAGUGUGUUUUCCAGAACAAAUGUUCAUAGCUUUCUGAAAUAAAUGUUCUGUGGACACUUACUGGGAAACUUUGAGAAACACUGGGUUAAGGAAAGCUAAAUAAUUGCCUUAUUACUGGACAUCUCAAAGCUUCACAUAAUAACAUGCAAUGUGAAUGUCCGAGAGGGGGAUUUUAUAGGGGGUUCCUCAAACAGACUUGAUGGUGAAACCAUUCACAGAGCAUCUAGCAGAAACAGUGCUUCAUGUCACAAACUCUGGAAAAGUUCAAAGUUUACAAUUCAACUCUCCUGAAUUCUGUCCAAGCCACCAUCCUUAGCUGAUUCCUCACCCUGAUUCAGGCUGUGACUCUGCCCCUCACUGCAACCCAGUCUUCAAAGCUGACAAACAUUCACAGCAUCGCCAGUACAAAAUACUUCCCUGAAUGGAGAGCUGCUCAUGAACGUCAAGGUUUCCUACUGGAGGUGGGUCUAACCUGAAGCAAUCUGAAUGGACUUCCCUAUAGUGAAAUCACCCCGUCGGAAACUGUUCAGAAAACAGCCUGCAGGAACACAGUUUGUUUUCCACCUCAUAAGCAAGUUCUCCAUUAGAGAUCUGUAAAUUAAUAGCAGUGUUCAGAGCAUUCCAACGCAAGUUAAUAAAGCCUGGGUUCACCUCCUUUUCAGACUCGGGGGGCCCAGAUCCUACAAUUAA